AUGGGCCAGUACUUCUUUGCCUGUUACAUCAAAGGAUUGCCAGGCUCACGUGCCAGAUGCCCUUAUAAGUCCUGCGUCUGCGGGCCAUGUCACCACAUUCCAUCCACCUCUCGUCAAGUGGCCCCACUCAGAGGGACUUCUUUCCCCGGGAGGGAAGGGAAGCGCUUCAGCUCCGAGCAGAUGGAGGAGGACAAUGCCCAAGUCUUAUACUGCGGUUCAGUCACCUUUUCCUACUUCCUCGGUAUCUUACAAGGUGGAAUGUUACCCACCCCCUUCUCCCAGCAGCCCAGCAGCCCCCUUCCUGUAAUUCUUGCAGGACCUCUAGACAUACCUUCCACCUGUGCUAAGGAUGUGACUAUGGUCCAGCCCUGUCUGCUGGUCCGAACACUAUUCGUCAGUGGCCUCCCUGUGGACAUUAAACCCAGAGAACUCUACCUGCUCUUCAGGCCGUUCAAGGGGUAUGAAGGGUCCCUGAUCAAACUCACAUCGAGACAGCCUGUUGGUUUUGUGAUCUUUGACAGCCGAGCAGGAGCAGAAGCAGCCAAGAAUGCAUUGAAUGGUAUUCGCUUUGAUCCUGAGAACCCGCAGACCCUGAGGCUAGAGUUUGCCAAAGCCAACACCAAGAUGGCCAAGAACAAGCUAAUGGCUACACCAAAUCCUACCAACGCUCACCCCGCCCUAGGAGCACACUUCAUUGCACGGGACCCCUAUGACCUUAUGGGGGCUGCUCUGAUCCCCGCAUCCCCAGAGGCCUGGGCCCCCUACCCUCUGUACACCACAGAGCUGACCCCAGCCAUCUCACACGCUGCAUUCACCUACCCAGCUGCCACUGCUGCUGCCGCUGCCGCCCUACAUGCUCAGGUGCGCUGGUACCCUUCCUCUGAUACCACCCAGCAAGGAUGGAAAUAUCGUCAGUUCUGUUAGUUCUUCAGUCUUGUCACCGCAGCUUGAAGCCCCUGCCCCGCUGGGGAGGAAGCCGCUCUGAGCUUCCACUGCCCCCAGGCGGCCUGUGGAGAGCUGCUGCUUCCCUCCAAAGACUGUGAAUUUUAAGCCUGACUCAGUGGACUGCUUCCUUUUUCCUUUCUCCUCUUCCUCAGCCCUGUCCUUCCCCAGAGCCCCUCGCCAAGGCCUCCCGGGAGGAUUCAGGGGCCUUCUUGCAGGGACACCCAGCCCCAGGCCGGAGGUCUCACUGGGACUGAGCAAGGCCUGACCCCCUGGGUCCAGACUUGCUUCCACAGCUCCACCUCAGAGAAACGAGGCAUUUAAUUUUGCAUGUUUUCUGGCAUGAAUUAAGACACUUAAAUUUGUGUAUAUGUGAGUGUACAGUUUGUUCUCACAUUGUGUCACCAUAGCAACAGGUCCUGGCCACCAAUGGUCCAUCAUUCCGGGUCCCUCUGUGCACACCCUCCCCUGCAGCCCCUGUCUCAGUGAGGACCAGCCCUGCAGCUCGCCCCGCCCUGCGGUCCUGCAGCCUGGCACCCCCACCACCCCCACGCGCUUCCAGGCAGAACAGCAGCCACCACCCGACAGAGAUAGUGUUUUCUUUUUCAUUUCAAGUCCGGGUCCUCUGCGUCCUCCUCAGAGGGGCCAACAACUGCUAAGAAAAUCCUUUCUCUGCCCAUUUUGCUUACCUCUCCACAGCGCACCCCACCCCUGCCCUGCUCCUCAUUCUUUCCGUACUUCAAAACCAACCAAAAAGUGAAAGUAUUUUUGUACCCUGUGUAACAAAAUAUUUAUGCAUCAUAAAGGAUUUUUCGUGUGUGUGUGCAAUUAAUUAUUAAAGAGACCUUGUUCGCCUUGUCAGAUAAGUUUAAUGUUUAGUUUGAGGCAUGAAGAAAAAAAGGGUUUCCGUUCUCCAGCAAUGAGCCUUUGUUUCAGGCGUUAGUUUCAGAAAAAUGAAGGAAAAAAAAUUGUGCAAUUUUUUUGUUUCAUGAGCACAUCAGUGCUUUUGCCUUUGGCCGCAGCUGUGUGGCUGUCUUGCCGUUUUCAGACUUGGGAGACGAGGUGGCUGUUGUAAUUGCUGAUCCUGUGAGAAUGUGAAGCUGGAUAAUAUAUGAAAUGCAAAAUAAAAAGUCAUCCAAAGUAA